GACCCGGCGCAACCCCACCGCCAUGCCUCCUCCCCAGACGGAACUCUUUACGGGUGAGGACGCGUUUCCAUCCGGAAGCCCUCAGCAGGAGGACCGGAAGUCCCCAGCGGUGGGACCGGAAAUCUGCAUGCAGCACAACGCUCCCAGCCGGAAGCUCUUAGCAGAUGCACACCGGAAGCUGCACGUGUUCGCCGCCGUCGCCAUGGAGCGGCGCCCCCCGCCCGCCGCCGCCAAUCGGUGCUACGGGCAGCGCCGCUUCUGGGAGGAGCGGUACCGCCGGGCGGGCGCUGAGCCCCAGGAGUGGUUGGGCGGCUUCGAGCGGUUCCGCGCGUUGCUGGAGCCCGAGCUGCGCCCCGACGAUCGCAUCCUCGUGCUCGGCUGCGGGACCAGCGCCCUGAGCUACGAGCUGCAUGAGCUGGGCUACCCCGACGUCACCAGCAUCGACUUCUCACCUGCCUGUGUGGAGGCCAUGCGCGCCCGCUACGCCCACUGCCCCAGCCUGCGCUGGGCCGUCAUGGACAUGCGUGCCCUGACCUUCCCCGACGCUUCCUUCGAUGUGGUGCUGGAGAAGGGCACGCUGGACGUGCUGCUGGUGGAGGAGGCUGACCCCUGGCACGUGUCCCCCCGCGGUGCCGCUGCGAUGCGCCGGGUGCUGGCGGAGGUGAGCCGCGUGCUGCGCCCGGGGGGCCGCUUCCUCUCCAUCACCUUCGCGCAGCCCCAUUUCCGCGCCCCGCACUACGCACAGGAGGCCUUCGGCUGGUCCCUGCGGCACGCCGCCUGCGGGGACGCCUUCCACUACUUCGUCUACAUCAUGUGCAAGGGGCAGCCCCUGGCCCCCCCCGACCUGGCCCUGGGCAGGCAGCUGGGGCGGCCCCCCCCGGCCCCACCGCCCCCCAUCGCCACAGAGGAGGAUGAGGACGAGGACUUCCUCCGCACCAUCGAACUGUGACCCCGCAGUGUCACCUCUGUGCCUUUCGUUUUGGGGUGGGGGAAUCCAGCUCCCCAUCCCAGCUGUUCAGGGCUGGGGGGGGGGCAGCGGGGCCGUGCGCUGCCCAUUGCUUUGUGCCCCCCCCCAUCCUAUCGGAUUGCAGCCAGGGCGCUGGGCUGCGCGGCCGAGAAUCAGACUGCAGCGGGUUUAAUUCCAGCCCCCCCCGGCCCCCAGCGCUGCUGUGACCCAGUGCCAGGCCUUGAGGGGGGGGGGCGGGAUGUGACCCUGAUGUGCUGUCCCCUGCGGUCUGGGGACACCCCUGUGCCAGGGGAGGUGACACACACGGCAGGCAGGUGACGCACUGACUGAGCAGGGUGUCCCAGGCCCGGGGGGAGGUGCAGGGGACAGGGUGGGGGGGACAGCAGCCCCGUUCCCGGGCACAGGGCUCUACCAUCAUGUAAAUGGGUCAGCAGGGCCCCCCCGGAGCCAGGGGGUGCCGAGGCGGGGGAGUUGAGGAACGAGCAGGCGGCGGCGGAACAUGGAUGUAUUUUAUUCAUCGCGUUUUGUUCACCGUACAGUGACAAAUGGCGCUGGACGUUACAAUGGGCCGUUGGUGGAACACGAUGGCGCGCGGAUCGCUCCUCUUC